GACUUGUGCCAGAUGCCAGCCCUGAAGGAGAUCAAACGAGAGGAGGACUUGGAUGUUCCCAUGCAGGAAAGUAAUUUGAGGAAGGAGAAGACCCAUACAGAAGUUUCUGGAGACGUGCAGCCAUAUUGGAUGUCGUCAGGGAGCUGCGACCAGCACAUUUCUCCCCAUCCUGAUUUUUGGGAAGCCUCCGAGAGCCGCAUGGGAAGUGGACCCGAGAAUGAAAGCUUGGUUCAUUGUCCUCAAGGCUGUUGCAAACAAUUCAAUGGAACAACCAACCCCCAGAGAAUCUUGAAAGGCGAGGGACGGAUCUCUUGCACUGAGUGUGGGCAGCUUUGCAGAAGCGAUCAUGGUGAAGAUUGGAGAAUGCACUUGGAAGAGAAACCUUACGAGUGCUCGGAUUGUGGGAAGAGGUUCAGCCGGAAAGCCGACCUUGUCAGUCAUCAGAGAAUACACACGGGGGAGAAACCCUACAAAUGCCCAGACUGCGGGACCAGCUUCAGCGACUGCUCGAGCCUCAGCAGGCACCGCAGGACCCACAGCGACGAGAGGCCCUACAUCUGCUCGGAGUGUGGGAAGAGCUUCGCUCAAAGAGCAAACCUUAUUAAGCAUCACCGGACCCACACAGGGGAGAGGCCUUAUACCUGCUUAGAGUGCGGGAAGAGCUUCAGCCAGCAGUCGAACCUGAUCUUGCACAGGAGAACCCACACGGGGGAGAGGCCCCAUAAGUGCCCCGAGUGCGGGAAAGGCUUCAGCCGGAGGUCGCACCUCCGCGUCCACGAGAGAGCCCACACUGGAGAGAAGCCAUUCCUGUGCUCGGUUUGCGGGAAAGGCUUCAGCCGGAGGCCUAAGCUGGUGACGCACCAGAGAAUCCACACGGGAGAGAAACCGUACGAAUGCUCUGACUGUGGCAAAGGUUUCACGGGAGCCUCUAGUCUGAACAGGCAUAAGCGGAUUCAUUCCGGGCAGAUCCCACAGGUCCCCCCACGGCAACUGAUUUUUAACAGAAGCCAUGUUUUGAACUGAGCAAUGGUUUUGAGGGAGGGCAGCACAGUGUUCAGUAGGCCCCAAAGACCUACAGGCCCCAAUGACUCACUUCUAUGCACAGUGGACUCUGGUGUCGUGGUUUGAGCAUCCGGCUAAGACUGUGAAUAUCCAAGGUUGUAGUCAAUUCACUCCCAGCCUGAGCGGACCCAUUGAAACGAAAGAACCUACAUCAGUCAUGUCCGUUAACGUCAGUGUGUCUACUCUGAGUAGGACUAGGACUGAAUAUGACCGCUGGGAUCAAAUCCCCACUCAGACAUAAGGCUUCCUUAGGGGACCUUGGGCUCGUGCAGUGGUUCCCAAACUUUUUCGGGUCACUGCCCUCUUGGUUCCAUAAGUUCGCCCCCUACCCUAUGAGAAGCAUUAUUCAGAAUAGCGGUUUCCACAACCCGCUAAGGAAGAUAACACAAUCAAAUUCAAAACAGGAACAAUUAAUUGCACAUAUAUUCUAAAUCCAGUUAGAACUAUUUCGUAGCAUUGGAAGGGACCCUGAAGGUCAUCCAGUCCAACCCCGUGCAAUAAUUUAGUUUAAUUCAACAAAAUUGAUUAACUUGAUCCCCUGGUGCCAGCUUUUCAAAGUCUGCUGGUCAUUUACAUUUCCUGUGUAUAUUGUUGUUCUUUACAUUUUAAGCAAUGUGCUCCUUGUAUUCUCCCCCCCCCCAACAGCAUCCCACAGAGUCUGCUUGAAUUUAUUUUGCCACAAGUUUGUGUUCCAUUUUGUUUCCUACAUUUGGACAAGACUUACGUUUUCUGAAAGAUGCCUUCUUGCCUCCAAUAGCUUCCUUGACUCUGCUCAUUAACCACGCUGGCAUCCUCUUGGCUCUCAUGGCGCCUUUCCAAUUUAUUCUAGCUGACCUUCUGUUAUUGAGGUUUUGGUGCCGCCCCACUUUGGGACAGAGAUUUGACCCCUUUGGCUUUCCUUUUCAAACUUCUUUAUACUACCGGGUAAUUCCUUAGUUUUUUGUAAGUUUCCUCAAUUUGAAGUCAAACAUGACUGAGUUGGACUUCCUUGCCCUUUGUUCAGUCAGAAAUAUAUUGAAUUUGAUAGCGCUUGGGUCGGCGUUUCCAGUUGGUUCAACACCACUUAAGUACCCUGCCCCAAAGUCCUAAGCAGCACUUAAGAUCUCAGCCUAGCCUGCCUCACAAGGUUGUGGGUAAGGGGAAAUCCUUGCAAGGUGGGAUAUAAAAAUGUAAUAAAACACAUGAAAUAAGUAAAAAUCAAGCAUAUGGGCAGUGGUGUGCGAUCCCCUCCCCUGGAAAAGUGGAUUUUGUGUGAUCCCUUGGCAUAUUCACUUAAUGAGGGGUGAACAAUGCAUGUAUGAACUUGCCGCAAGAAGGUGAUUUCAGGUGCAGCUGGGGAUAUUAUAGAUGGCACUUGAAGCAUCAAUAUGUUGCUGGACUCCAAUUCCCAUCAUCCCUGACCAUUGGCCAUGCUGGCAGGGCCUGAUGGGAGCUGGAAUCCAACAACUUCCAGAAGGCCAUAGGCUCCCCAUUCCUGGAUUAAAACAUCCACUGUAUAUUUUGGAAUCUUGUUUGUCUGUUUAAUGUGCAUUUUUGGACACCUCUUAAGAUAAUUGUGACCUAAUUUCCAGUUACUGUCCCUGAGUUCAACACACAGGCUUUCUUCUGUGUUUGGGUACAGCUGGACGCCAUUUUGAAUCAAGAUGGCUGACUGGACCCUUCAGAACAACACUGAUUUCAACCACUGAUUUUAAAAACUGCAGUGAUUUUGUUGUGGUCGUUGUUACUUAGGCUUGUAUCCAGUCCUGGUCCUACUCAGAGUAGACCAAUUGAAGUGAAUGGGCAUGACUAACUUAGGUCCAUUAAUUUCAGUGGGUCUACUCUGAGUAGGACUUCGCCAGAUACAGCCCUUAGGAUUCCAGAGGAUUGCCUGUGUGUGAGGCUGCUAGUCAGUAAAUAAAGUCCUGUUUAUCCAGAAAGUUCCUUUCCAGUUGUCCUUCUGUUCUCUGGCUUCCAUAAUAAAUGCCCAUAACCAGCUGUUUCCUGGGUUCAUUCCCUUCCCUUCUCCUUUCUUUAGGGUCUAAAAAUCCUUUGCAGUGGACGUAGGCCCAAUCUGUACUAUACAUUUCAAGCAGUACUGGAGCUCUUCAAGCAGUCGUGGCUUCCUGCAAAGAAUCCUGGGAAGUGUAGUUUUUUUAAAAAAGGGGGACUGAGAGUUGCUAGGAGACCCAUAAUGCCCAUUCUACACUUUUGGUGUGGCAGCUUUUGCACUUCGGAACUCCCUGCUCAUUGACAUUCGACAGGUGCCUUUUCAGCGCCUGCUAAAAUCUUUUGUGGAAUCCUACCUGGACAUGUAAAAUUGAUGUGCGUUUUAAUCUGGAGUACUAGUUUAGAAUGUAUACUUUUUAAACUCUUGGCUCCAGUCACCUUUUUAUAUAAACUUGCUGUUAACAUUGGUUUCUACGGGCAGUUUUGAUGCAUAUUUCAUCUGCUUUGUAAAUCGCUUAGGGGUUUCAUUUGCAGUCAAGUGGUAUACAACUUUUGUUGAAUGAAUAAAACACAAAUACAGUCAAA